AUGAGUGAAGAUGAAAACAUUGUAGCAUCGAAGAACUAUAUGGCCGAGAAUACUGUACUAGUACAAAACGAUGCAGUAGAUGGAAAUGUAACGUUGGCAAAGAACGACAUUAGUGAAAGUACUGUUGUAUCGGAGAAUGAUGAAACAAAAAAUAUCACUAGUGCAGAAACUCAAGUGCCAACAAAUAAUUGUACAGCUACCGAAAAUUCCGUGCCUUCAGACGUAAAAAAAACAUCGGAUACUAUUUCCGGAGAAGAAAAACCGGAUUCCGGAAACUUGUUAGUAGAUGCUGUAAAUGAAAAAUUUGAUUCUCAAAAUGAAAAUACAAUAGAAGUAUCAAACAGUGUGAGGAAAGUAUUUGUUGGCGGAAUUCCAAGGGAUGCAACAAGUAAUGAGUUGGCAGAAAUCUUCUCACAGUUUGGUUUAGUGGAACAAGUUGAAAUAAAAUAUGAUUCACGCAGAAAUCGUUCACGUAACUUUGCUUUCGUCACAUUUGCUGAAAUUAAUUCUUAUACAAAAGCUAUAACACAAGCAUCAUUGAUUUUCAAAGGAAAACAUAUUGAUAUUAAGCAGGCAAAAUCACGUGAAGAUCGGAAAAUAUUCGUUGGUGGUAUACCAAUUGGUCUUAAUAAAGACCAUCUUCUUGCGCAUUUUCAAAAAUUUGGUGAAAUUGAACAUAUUGAAUGGCCCAUUAAUAGAUCAACAAAUACUCCAAGAUCUUACGCAUUUAUCGUAUUCGCAACUCAACAAGCAGCUAAUCAAGCAUUAUGUCAGCAAAAACAAGUUAUUGAAUUUCGAGAGUGUAGCGUUAAGAAAGCAUUGCCCAAGAAUUCUCAAUAUCAGAAUUCUCAAUCAUUUAAAAAUCUAGCAGUGAUGCCAUUUUCUUCUACGUCCAGAAUAUCUGAAAACCCAAAUAUUUGGAAUUUACGUGAUGCAUUUGUUCCGAAUAUAUGGAAUUGUAAUAAUUAUUAUUUGCAAUCACAGAUAGGAAGUAAUUGGCGGUAG